CCGCUCUAGGGACCGGCAUCAGUCGCAGCCUCUAGCUCAUCCAGCACAGUCGCUUCCAAAGUCAAAAACCCACAGACCCUCAAAAUGAAAUUCUACAUUGUGUUCGCCCUGUUCGCCUGCGCGGCCGCCGAUGUGAGCCACCUGAGCAACGAGUACUUGCCGCCCGUCCAGCAGUCGUACGCCGCCCCCUCGGUGAGCUACUCCGCCCCUGCUGUCCAGCAGACGUAUUCCGCCCCUGCUGUCCAGCAGAGCUAUGUCGCCCCCAGCAACGAGUACCUGCCCCCCGUGCAGACCUACUCCGCUCCUGUCGUCCAGAGGACCUACUCCGCCCCGGUCGUCCAGAGGACCUACUCUGCCCCCUCCGUGAGCUACUCCGCCCCUGCUCCAUCGGUCAGCUACUCUGCCCCCUCGGUUAGCUACUCUGCCCCCUCGGUGAGCUACUCCGCCCCUGCUGUCCAGCAGUCGUACGCCGCUCCCGCCGUCAGCUACUCCGCUCCUGCUGUCCAGCAGACCUAUGCCGCCCCAUCGGUGAGCUACUCCGCCCCCUCGGUGAGCUACUCCGCUCCUGCCGUCCAGCAGUCAUACUCUGCCCCCUCGGUGAGCUACUCCGCCCCUGUCCAGAGCUACUCUGCUCCCUCCGUGGAUGUGGGCACCCAGUACGCCUCCAACGGUGGCUAUGUCUACAGGAAGUAAGGAGCUCAGGAAGGAGGUCUGCAACUGAAUCCGUCGAAACAGUGUAAAUACAUACAUACAUACUCUGCCCCAAAUUCACCAUCUUAUUUUUUUUUCUAUUGUAUUGUAAACUUUGUUAACAACCGAAAGUAAAAAGAAUCCAAUAACACGAA